AUCAUUUAAAUUAAAUAAAUAGUUUCUCUGAACGAAAUAUUAAAUUCACGAAUUUAAAUUAUCCGAAGUUGGCAUGAAUAAUUUUGAAUUCGAAAGGUUAACUGCUGCUGAAAAACUUAAUAAUAGUAAAUAUAGAAGUCUCAUUUAUCGUACUUAUCCAAAUGAACCCACAUGCGGGUGCAAAUCUGCAAUAACGGAACAAUCUACUAAUACACAAGAUAUUGAUAAUCACAAAUCUAACAAAAACUUCCUUGUUUGUCCUGGUGGCUGUAAGAAAUCAUGCUGUUCAAGAACGAUGCAUUCCCGUAUUACUAAGAACCAAGACAAUGGUAACUAUGACAAGGUACUACGUAUUAUAUCGACCUAUUGUGUAGAAAAUCAGCCAAGUAAUAAGGUUUACAAUCGUAUGUACUGUCUAGACGAGAGAAUGAGAGGUGGUGGAGGUGUUGAAGAAGAAAAUUGCAAAUGUAACAACUGGAGAAUAACUGAAUGUUUCAAGAAUGUUGAGGAUGCACGACAACGAGGUGAAAGAUUUAAAGAUACUUCUAAUGAUGAUAUUAAUGAUUAUCAUGAGCUGAGAACUCAUUUUUUGUCAUCAAAAUUUUGCCAUCCAAUUCAAGUUUCAAAAUCAAACAAUUACCAAUGUUCUCCAUUUUCUGAUUGUACUUGUCUCAAGAAUGAAGAAGCUUUAAAAUCUUUAGAGAGUUAUAAAGAAAUUUGUACAGAAAAAAAAUGCAUUCCCGCCAAAUGUCUUACUCGAAAACUUGAGGAAGCUCAAGAAUUUUUUGAUUCUUCUGAUAAAGCUCUGGAUCCACCUGGAUUACAUGUGAUUGAUUCAUCUAAAAGUCCUCACUGUAGAGCUUUUGAAGAACAAGAAAAGCUCGUAGAAAUGUCAAGACGGUUUUCUACGCAAUCAUCAAUCGUAAAUCCACAAUGUGUACCAGGUCGAGAUGGAAUUGUUCAAGAAGCAAUUAUACCUGGAGCAUAUAGAAAGGAUAACUACAAAACAGGUGAAUGGAGUGGGGAGGAUGAAACUGGCCCUUGUAAAGAGUCAAUGUGUAGAGCAAGACGUAAAAAAACUGAUCGUGAAAGAUCAUUAACUACAGUUAACACUGAAACUGAAUUAAAUACAAGCAAAGAGAAGAAAUCCAACGAUAACAGAAAAAAGAAACAACUUAAAUUAAGGCGGAGGAAAAGACAAAUGAUUUCCAGUUCUCCAAGUGAUUUUAGGUCAAAAAAUAAACCUAGAAAAAUUCGUUAUGUUUAUUUAAGAGGUGAAAAAUAUCCAAAAUUUAUUUACGGUCAUAAAAAUUGUAAUGAUCGGCUGGAAAGAGUCCCACCGAACAUGGGAUGGUUUUGGACGAGAUAUGAAGUGACUGGAAGAAUGAAACCACGAGUUGGGUGGAAGCCUGGUGCUAUCUCUCGUCAAAUACGUGAGAUAAUAAAAGAUGUUAAAGAUGGGCUGAUAGAGAAGAAAAGUAAAAUGUCAUUAAUAUCAUCAACCGAUAUGCGAGGGAAAAAAUUAAAAAGUAAAAGUGCUAUAUUAUUGAAAAAAGGUCACUCAAAAAAAUUAGAAGAGAAGGAAGAACACGAACCUCCCGCUACUCUUCAUAUUCAAAGAAGAGAAGGAGUUUAUUAUGUAACCAUGUAUCCAAUUAAAAAGAAAGAUACUGAUAUUCCGCAACUUGAUGAACCUAUAAAACCGUUUCAAUUAAAAAUUAAUACAAAAAAAAAUAACAGCUCUGUUGCAACGAGUUCUACUGUUUCUGAUAUGGAAAUAGAAUUUCUUCCACCUGCUGCGGUAAAUCGAUAUAGAAGGAAACCCAACGUUGUUCAUAUUGAAACACAGGUGAAACAACAGGAAAUUAUAAAUGCUUUUAAACCUGCUGAAGAUAAGAAGAAGGAAAAGAAAGGCAAAAAAAAUAAAAAAUUUAAAGUUGAAUAAUAAAUGUGUGAUUUCGACGGAAGUUAAACUCAACUUUUAUACAGUCUUA